AUGACCUAUAGAAAGGUGAAUGCCGGUGUGUCGUCGACAUCAUGUUCAGUGGCACAAAAUAAAGACACAGUCCCUCCGAACCAAGAGGCAAAUCAUUUAAGAAAUGAAGAAAUAAUUGCCCUUGACGAUGAGGAUGCUGAGGCUGAGGGAGAGGAGGUUGGUGGGACAACAGGAAAGAGGAAGAAAAGGUUCACAUCUGUUGUGUGGCAAUAUUUUACCAAGAAGACAGUGGUAGUAGAGGUUGACGGCAAGAAGUAUGAGCAACUGUGGGGCUACUGCAACUUCCCAAAGUGCAGCGCUAGGUACAGAGCCGAGUCUGUCAAUGGAACAAAUGCAUUUCGGAGCCAUUUGAGAUCAACCCACAGCAUUGUAAAAGAUGAUGAUUGGAAAAUUCAGAAGAGGAUUGUGGCUUUGUUUCAUCUAGAGGGACGACACACUAGUCAUAGGUUGGCACAGGCCUUUACUGAAGUAUUGGUCAAAUGGUUUGUUGAGAAGAAAAUGUUUGUCUUGACUUUGGACAAUGCAUCAAAUAAUUUAGUAGCAGUCACAGAUAUUAUUGAGGAUUUUAAACUGAAUGGAAAUGGUUCUUUGGUUUGUGAUGGCAUAUUUUUCCACAUUAGAUGUGCAUGCCAAAUACUUAACUUGGUUGCUAAAGAUGGGAUGGCUGUUAUUUCAAAACAAUUAGAAAAGAUCAAAGCAUUGGUAUUGGCUCUGAAGGGCUCUCCCUUACAAUGGGAGGAGCUUAUGAAAUGUGCUGCUCAGUGUGGGUUGGAUACAUCAAAGGGCAUUCAACUUGAUGUGUCAACUAGAUGGAACUCAACUUAUAUGAUGCUCCGAGAUGCACUGUACUACAAGCCUGCUUUCAUUAGGCUCAAGAUUGCAAAUCGCCGUAAGUAUGGGAAAAUUUCUCCCUCUGAUACUGAUUGGGGCAUGGCUGCUACAGUAUUUCAAUGCUUGGAAAUUUUUUAUGAUCUUACUGCACUGCUUUCUGGUACCUCAUAUCCCACUGCAAAUCUAUUCUAUAGAGGCUUUUGUGAGAUAAGAGAGUUACUUAGUGUAUGGAAGAAUCAUAAGAACUUGACUAUUAAGCAAAUGGCUACUGCCAUGAGUGAAAAGUUUGAAAAAUAUUGGAGUUGUUCUAGUACAAGUCUUGUUGUAGCAUGCUUUUUUGAUCCUAGGUAUAAAAAGAAGGAUAUAGAAUUCUAUAUGAUGAAGUUUGCUGGUGCCUACUAUCAAGUUCAACUUGAGGAGUUUAUUGCUCUUGUGAGGAAGUUGUACCAAUUUUAUAGUGCUUCUAAACCUGCUUCUUCAAGUCCUAGUGUGGUUGUGGAUGCCCCAGGAGAAACAUUUGGUGCCAGACGAAAUUCUGAACUAGAGAGCUUCUUAUAUGAUGAUUGUGGGCCUAAUGGAAAUGAGUUAAAUGAGUUGGACAUAUACAUGGCAGAGCCACUGUUGAAGCAAGAUUCAUUUGAUAUUUUGGCAUAUUGGAAGAACCAAACAGACAAGUACCCUAUUCUUUCACAGAUUGCUCGUGAUUUGAUGUCCAUACAAGUGUCCACAGUUGCUUCUGAGUCUGCAGUUAGUGGUGCUGGACGUGUGCUUGAUCCUUAUCGUAAUCGUCUUGACCCUGAAAUGGUAGAAGCACUUGUCUGCACCAAGGAUUGGAUACAUGCAAGAACAAAAGGUACUAUUUUUCUAAAUUGUUUAGCUAAACUGUCCUAA